AUUUUCUGUGUUUCAUUGAUUAAAACCAAAAAAAAAUAAAAUAAAAUAAAUUAAAGACAAUGGUGAAAUUAACAGAAGAAAUGAUUGUGGCACGUACACGAAUGUCCGAUUUUUCUGCCGUAAAGAAGCUCAAUUGUUGGGGAUCAGAAUUAACAGAUGUAAGCAUUUUACGUGAAAUGGAAAAUGUGGAAGUAUUAUCAUUAAGUGUGAACAAUAUUGACACGCUUGCUGAUUUUCAAUAUUGCCACAAUUUGCGAGAUCUAUUUAUUAGAAAAAAUAAUAUUAAAGAUCUGAAUGAAGUUUGUUAUCUUCAAGAGUUACCCAAUCUAAGGAAUUUAUGGCUUGGCGAAAAUCCUUGUGCGGAAAAAGAAGGAUAUCGAUUGACUGUUCUUCGAGCUUUACCAAAUCUGGAAAAGCUAGAUGAUAAAGUAGUAGCCCCGGAAGAAGUGCAAACUGCAUUGUCAAGAGGCCGAGUACUUGUACAUCCACUUGAUAUGGAUGCAUCUCCACCACAAUCAGAAAUGAUUAGUCCAGAGGAAGUACCUGUUGAGUAUAUUGAAGAAACACGUGUGGAAAAACAUAGGAGAUAUAGUUCAUCUAGCGACCAGAGAAGUUAUGAUGAAAUGCAUCACACACAAGAGGAGUAUCAUGAUCCUGACAGAAGAAAUGCUAAUUGUAAAACAUUACCUCAUCAUUAUGCUCAAACCAAUCAAUACACAUAUGAACUCCAUAAUGGGCAAUCAAAAAGUCAGAAUAAAGAUGAGAACAUGUGUACAGAAUCACGCAGUUACAUUGAGACUGUGGCUACUAACACUAUUGAUAUACCUAAGGAUACUGAUGAUCAACCAGCAGUUUCAAGACAUAAUGGAGAUUAUGACGAAAGACGAGCUUAUUCUGAAUAUGUUAAUAAUGAUGCAUCCCAACGUUCAUACACAUCGCCUUCUCCACGUACUCAAUAUGGCGUUAAAUACGAAACUCAAGAUGAUAAUCGCUUUGAGAGGAAUAAUUAUGAGUAUGACGAUAAGAGGCAGAUAGAAUGCGAUGAACCAUUACCUCAACCAUCAUCUCAACAUAGACGAAUGCCUACUCAUCAUAAUACUGAAAGGGAAGAUACAAGUCAAGUGCCUGGUUGGGUAAGACAUUCCGAUAAAGAGAAAUGUAGACCACAGUUUCACUAUCAUAGGCGGCCUGUUACAAGGAACUCAAAUAUACUCUCUGCCGUAUUAUGCCUAGUCAAAGAAUUGGACUAUCCCAGUUUGGAAGUAGUAGAAAUGGCAGUUAGAAAUCGAAUGGAUGAAUUAGAAGAAUGAUGUUUCUGACGCCGUCCCCAAAAUCUUCAGGGGACGGUUGCAUUUUCUCGUGUUGGCAGUAUUUCCUCUAUUCCAAGUCCAGAAUUUUCUGACUCACUUGACUCUAAUCAGUGCAUCGAUAAUGAUAUGAAUUUUAACGUUGAACAUCGUAUAUGCAAUUAUUAUGGGAUAGAUGAAACUAGUGAAAAAUCACAAAUGCAGAGAAAUGAAUCUACCGAAAACUGUAAUUUAAAUCGAAAUCCAAAAACUUUCGUUACCGAUUCAAAUCUUAGGUAUAUUAAAAAUAAUCCACAUACAUACAAACUUCGGGACUCUGGAUCAGAUAAUUUGACAACAACAAUUAACAGUGAACCAAAAAGAUCGAACGACGUUAGAAGAGUAGCAAGCAGUGACAGUAUCCCCCGUGGUAACAAUAGUGGUGUAUAUUUCAAUCAAGGAAGUAAAGAUCCAAAUCAAGAUUGUAUAAGACGAUCGAAAAGUCCUGACGUUAGAAACACGAUAAUGCCACUUCGUUACAUUCAAUCAUCAAAAGGAACUUGGACGUACAACUUGUAAGUGAAAUAAUAGAGUAGAUUGUUUCUUUCUGUCUAUGAUAACAUAAAAUGUUUUCAGAGACAGGUCAUACAAUUAAUGAAGAUAAGAAUAAAAGGGUACUUAAUUAACUAUUACUUCUAAAUUACAAAGUAAAUCAUUGUAAUAUGUGCAUGAUGGUGCAUUAUAUGUUCCCUUUAUAACUUAAGGAAACAUUGUUCCAGAACAACAGUAUUUAUUGUACUUAUCAAAUGUUUAUUAUUAAAAAUUAUAAAAUGGACAAAUUCUUUCAAUAAUAUCAAUUAUUCAUACUUUAGAUUAGAAGAUUUUAGUAUACACGUACAAAGUUUUUAAAUAAUUUUGUUAUCAUUAUAGCAAGAUCGAUUAAAUAGGUUUCAUGUUAGUAUCAUAUACUAUCAAAAAA